AUGUCAACAACAGAGAACACAACAACUGCUAUCGUUCAUGAAGCCAUAAAUGAAGAAUACGAGUGGGUUCAGUUUAACAAACAACUCCGUCUCAUUCGUUCGGUCAAAGACGAUAUGUACCAAAUGCAAAGUAUUUUGACAGCAUGUUUUGCUCCAGACACUAAACACGCAGACGACUGGUUCAAAAACCAAAGCACACAAGAACUUUUGAGUGAAAUUUCUCUAGACCGACUUUUUUCGGUCUUGCAUAAAACACAUGAAAAUCGUAAAAAUUUGCCAAUAAAUUUAAGAGGUUAUUAUGUUCAUAGACUUUUAGUAAAUGCAGUUGCAAUGUGGGCUUCUCCUCGUUAUGCAUGGCAUGUUUACAGACUUCUUGACGAAAUUCAUAGACAAGAACGUGGAGAGAUGGAAAAGAAACUUCAAGCAAAAGAUGAAGUCAUUGAAUCCAAAGACAAAAGCAUACAGAAAAGAAUACCACGUUCAGUACCAAAAGGAAAGGAAAAGAGUUAUAAGUAUAUGAUAUAUACUGAAGAGUUGGAGAAAGAAGAAGAUAAAGAUAUGGUUAUGUUGCAUUUAGUCAGAAGAAACAACAAAAGCUUUUAUGACCUUGCUAAGAUUUACAAAUCUGACAGAAACUGGUUCUAUCGUGAAAACUUACCGAUUUCAAUGACACCGAAUGAGCAAAUAAAGGAAAUUGUCAAAAAUACUCUUCCUCAAACACACUAUGACAUCAAAGGUUGCACAAUACUUACAUUCAAAGAAGACUUAACAUUACUGAAGGAAAAAAUAACAGAAUAUUUCGAUAACUUCAAAGAGGAAGAAUAA